AUGGCAAAGGUGAAAAAAUGGACCGAGGUGACAACAGCUGCUGAAUUGACAAAAUCAAGCAAUCCGCUUGCUAAGCUUAUUGGCAUUGACAAAGGCGACAUUACCAACUUGGAAAUUGAUGUUAUUGUUAACGCUGCCAACAGUUCACUUUUGGGUGGUGGCGGUGUCGAUGGAGCUAUUCAUCGUGCGGCAGGCCGACGUUUAUAUGAUGAAUGUAAAAAAUUGAAUGGUUGCAAAGUUGGAGAAGCUAAAAUUACAGGAGCUUAUAAUAUAAAACAUAUUAAGCAUAUAAUACAUACAGUGGGGCCCCAAGUUCAUUCUAAAGUUUCUGAAGAGCAGCGAAAUCUGUUGAAAUCCUGCUACAUUGAAUCUCUCAAUAUUGCCACUGCGAAUAAUUUGAGAACUGUUGCAUUUCCAUGUAUUUCGACAGGCGUGUAUGGUUAUCCAAAUGACGAUGCAUGUAACGUCGUUGUCACUUCGGUUUUAGCAUGGUUGCAAGAAAAUAAAGAAAGAAUUGAUAAAAUAAUUUUCGUCACAUUUUUGGACAAGGACUACGAUUUGUACGAGAAAUGCCUGAAAGAAAGAUUGAGUUAA